CAAAUACCUCAAUGAGAAAAAAAAAAGACUGCAGAACAUACCUUCAAGAACCCAUUUUCCUCUCUUUUCCUCCUCCCUCCCCAUUUUCAGUGGCUGAAAAGCCAAUCAAAGAAUUCUCCACCUCCCACACAAUUCAGUACUGGAUCUGGGUGCAUUAUCCCAAUCAUACUUUGGGACUUACGAGUGGCGAAAGAAAUUAGUUAACGCACUAAGGAAUCUUAAUUUCAAACAUAAUUCUAUACCUUUUAAAUGGUCUAUCUUGCCGACAUGCUACAAGUUGAGAAUUAAACAUUUCUCAUCAAUUUCAACUCAGCCUGGAUAGAAGACACAUUUAAAGAGAUGUCUCUAGCACACUGGCAUUCAGCUAAUCAGACUUCACACACGUCGGUCAAUAUUACAGAACAACUGAGAUCCAUCACCGACAACGAUAUUGUAGAUCAAGGACGGACUGAAGACUCCUUUCCAGGAUUAGAAAUACUGUGCACAAUUUAUGUUACAUAUGCUGUAAUCAUUUCAGUGGGUCUCCUCGGAAAUGCUAUACUCAUCAAAGUCUUUUUCAAGAUUAAAUCAAUGCAGACAGUUCCAAACAUUUUCAUAACGAGCUUGGCUUUUGGAGACCUGCUUCUUUUGUUAACCUGUGUGCCAGUAGAUGCAACACGCUAUAUUGUGGAUACGUGGCUCUUUGGAAGAAUUGGUUGCAAGCUGUUAUCUUUUAUUCAGCUAACUUCAGUUGGAGUAUCAGUGUUCACUUUAACUGUUCUCAGUGCUGACAGGUACAGAGCUAUUGUUAAGCCCUUGGAACUGCAAACAUCAGAUGCAGUUCUGAAGACCUGCUGUAAAGCUGGCUGUGUGUGGAUUGUCUCCAUGAUAUUAGCAAUCCCAGAAGCUGUAUUUUCGGAUUUAUAUUCAUUCAGCAAUCCUGAAAAAAAUGUAUCUUUUGAAGCAUGUGCCCCUUAUCCUGUAUCUGAGAAGAUACUGCAAGAAGCUCACUCUCUAGUUUGCUUUUUGGUGUUCUAUAUUAUACCGCUAGCUGUCAUUUCUGUCUAUUAUUUUCUUAUUGCCAAAACAUUGUACAAAAGUACAUUCAACAUGCCAGCUGAAGAACAUGGUCAUGCCCGUAAACAGAUUGAAUCCCGAAAGAGAGUGGCAAAAACAGUGCUGGUGCUAGUUGGUUUGUUUGCCCUCUGCUGGCUGCCUAACCACAUUCUCUAUUUGUAUCGAUCUUUCACCUACCACUCUUCUGUAGAUGCCUCUGCCUUUCAUCUUAUAGUCACUAUUUUCUCCCGGGCUUUGGCCUUCAGCAAUUCCUGUAUCAAUCCCUUUGCUCUUUAUUGGCUGAGUAAAAGUUUCCGGCAACAUUUUAAAAAGCAAAUCUUGUGUUGCAAGGCGAGGCUUCCUACACGGCCUCCCAGCAACACACCUACCAGAGCUUUGUCAGCCACAGGCAGCACAAAUGGCUCAGAAAUCAGUGUUACUUUGCUAACAGAUUAUAGUGUCACAAAAGAAGAGGAGAGUGUUUAGUUCUUCGAACAUGGAGAAGAACCAACAUCAUGUAUUUCCCAAGAUUCUAAUGCACCAGGACCCUGCUAGGAGCUGCAAGUAAACAAAAGAAUGCAUCCUUUAUACAGUCUGUGAAAGCAUCUUCAGCAGGACCUCUUAACAUCUUCAAUUAUACAAUGGAGAAAUCACACCAAUGUGUGUGGGGAAAAGAAGAAAUACAAUUAUUGUAAGCUCAGUCAAUAGGGUAGUGCCUAUUCCCUGGGAAUGCUAUGCAUCCUUUCCAAAUGCCUGAGGUUUCUGCACCAAGCUGACAAAGUUAAGAUCAGUUAAACAAAGUUAAACUCACUUGAGCUGCAGGACUAUUUUUGUCCUGGCUCUGUGUUCAGAGAAUUAGAAUUGCUGUUAUACUCUUGGCCACAGAGUAGUGACAACGAGCGCUGCCUUUUGUUGAGUAUUUAUGUUGUCUUUGAUGUUUUUUAAAAUGGUAGCAGCUUUCCACAGAAUGACAAACCAGAGAGGCUUCUUAUUUUGUCACUUUCCUUGCACCAAAUAUUAAUGGUCAAAACUUUGGAGUGAAAGUUUAGGGGGAGGUUACUAUUUUUCAUAAACUGAAAUUAAACCAUGCUGAAAGUGGUAGCACAAUGCUGAGACAGCACUAAGCCGUGGUCUACACUACAAACGUAUGUCAGUAUAACUGUGUUGCUCAGGGGAGUGGAAAAUCCACCUCCCUAAGUGACGCAGUUAUACCAACCUAGCUCCAAGUAUAGACAGUGCUAUGACGGCAUGAGGGCUUCUCCUGUUGACAUAGCUACCGCCUCUCAGGGAGGCUGAGUACCUAUGCCAACUGCAGAAACUCUCCCAUCGGCAUAGGUAGCAUUGUCACUACCGUGCUACAGUGGCAUAGCUGCAGCACUGUAAGUGUAAACAAGCCCUAAGAGUCAGAAGCUUUAGAUCCUAUUCCAUAGUCUGCCAUUGACUUGCUUUGUGACUCUGGAAAAGUUACUUACUGUAUGGCCUGAUUUUAAGAGGUCUGAGCUUCUAUGCUCCUAAUUAAGUCAGUGGGAGCAGCAGGCACUCACAUCUGUUAAAUAGGGAUAAUCAUACUUACCCACCUUUGCAAAGUACUUUGAGAUCUAUAGAUAAAAAAAAAUCCUAUAAAAGGACUAAAAGUGGUAUUAUUUAGCAUUAUAUUGAUCAAGGGAGGAAAAAUCAAUCUACUCAAUAGUCAGAAAGAGCUAGAAUAAGUGCUGGGAGUUAGUUUACUUUAUAGCAGUGGUUUUCAACCUUUUUUUCUGGCAACCCAGUUGAAGAAAAUUGUUGAUGCCCCUAACUCAAUGGA